GUAAAUCAUUGUUUAUCUUAUUUUACUAUAAAAUAAUACAUAGCCAUUCCAAAUUAACAGAAUAAAGUACCCUUGUCCAGAAGUAGAUUCAACAUUUGAUAAUUUACCCGCGAGAUGGAGCCAUGUUUAAAAACAGGAAUCAACGUUUACCAUAGUCAACAUUAUCGUUGACCCUGAAGUGAAGCUAACUGAGAAACAUGGCGGAUUGGGAAGACAGGAGGAACGAAGGUGGGAAGCCGCCAAGGAUACCUAGUGCAAAAGCAGGUUAUCGAUUUGACAAAAGAGAUGUGACUGUACAACCUCCAGGAAGAAAUUAUGACCGAGGACAUGCUUCUAUGGAUGAUCUUCCUGGGAAUGGUAAACCUCACCUAGUUAGAAGACCAGAGAUAAAGCAGCCAGGAAACUUCUUACCUCAUGAAAUGUUCCCGGAAGGACCUGAGUGGGUGGCCAAUCUUCAGAUGCUAUGGGCAAAGGACAAGAAAAAGUCGGUGGCGACAAUAGCUACAUACCUCUCUCAGAUUUUUGAUACUGUGGAAAACCCUUUCCUUGCUGCUAUCUACCUGACAGAAACACCGGCAGACUAUUUCCCAGGCCGAUGGAAUAGCUUAUCAACAAUGGUGAUGAAUGCAUUUGAAAACUGGAUUCGUCCAAAAAAGGAUCAAUAUAAACACUACCUGACAGAAGAAAUUCAGAGAAUGGCAUUUGCACUGGCCAAUCGCAAUGGUCUAGUCCUGCUGAAAUUUGUAGUACAGGCCUUUGAGUUGAAAAACUGUGCUUUCUCGUGUGAAGAUAUAGAGGACAUGCUUAACAGAAAGAUGUACAAAGAAGCAAGCCUAGUCAUAACAGCAUUGGAUCUACAGCGAUACUUCAACUUGCGAGAGGUAGCAUUGCCUCUGAUUUUACAAGAUAGAGCACCCCUAGCUGAGGCUUAUGUUAGGGAUUACAAAGACCUGCAGGUUUCAUUCGUAUCAAUACUGGAUGAACUAUGUGCUAAAACAGUUAACUUUGAUGAUAUAAUAAGAGAGAUGGAUGUUCCUGUUGCCUGUGUACAACGCCAAAAAGUCAACCGAAAGGGUCUAAACAAGCUCGCAUCCAAGCUUAUUAAACUGUUUAACAUCCCAAUAGAGAGCUGUCCAAAUAUUUGCCACAUGAGAAAUCUGGGAUCGUUGAAGUAUGCUCUAUACAAACAUUAUGUAGAAGGCAGCAUGACUAAAGAAAAUCUUCAGGAAAUGAUCGAGGAAUCUGUUGGCGAGAACCCAUUGCUGCAUGAAGAGCUCAUAACACUGCUAGUCGGGUUUGGUGACUCGGCACGCGCUGCCUGGUGGGCACGACGACUCAGAGUUCCCCACGAUACUCUUCCCUCGUCGGUUCGGCUAGCCACGAAGGAGCUGGGUGAAUGGUGUGACGGUGCAGACGAUGACGGCGCGGCGCGGGAUGCGACGGACACGCGCUACCUGCAGCUGAAGCUGUCACUGGAGAGCGUCUACUACAUCGACACAGUCGAGCAGCUGCGGCAGGCCGUCGAGUUUCUGUCGCAGCACGCCACUGUCGUCGGUCUCGAUGCCGAAUGGAAGCCCUCGAUUGGCACAAAGAAGGAACGGAUGUCACUGCUGCAGAUUGCUACCAGAGAUAAGUGUUUUCUGCUAGAUCUAGUGGCACUGCCAGACACAACGACGGAUAGCGAUUGGGAAGACUUUGUAAAACGAAUAUUUUGCAAUGAGAAAAUAUUGAAGUUGGGUUUCGCUUUCGACACAGACCUGAGCAUGCUGAGCAAAUCCUUUCCAUCUACCAAGGAGCAUCUGAUGGGGAUGAGACGAGUAGUGGACAUAUUUACACUCAACAAUGAGCUAAAAAAGGCCUGCCCUGACCUGCAUGUGAAUUCACACACGCCUGCUGGCGACGGGGUGUCGGUGCAGUACCGGGGCCUGAGCGAGCUUGUCUACCAGUGCCUGGGGCGCCCUCUAGAUAAGCGUGAGCAGUACUCGAACUGGGAGCGGCGGCCGCUUCGCAAGUCGCAGCUCGUCUAUGCAGUGCUCGACGCGUGCUGCCUCCUGGAGGUGUACGACGUGCUCAUUGCGAGGGCCCAGCAGCGCAACCUUGAUGUUGACCUUGAGCCGGCCAUCUCGAGCGGGUGGGCGACGAAGCGCACGAAGAUAGAGAAGAAUCAGGCCAAGUUGAAGGAAUAUGGAAGCAUUCCCAAGGAGUACAUGAUUGCGCUGGACCCGCAUCGCGCGGCGGUGCGCGCUCACGACUUCCGCGUCGUCGUCGACACGAUGCUGCAGGGUCUCGGGCGGCAGCUGCGUCGCUGCGGCGUUGACGUGUGCAUCCUCAACAACAACGACUACCACGACGUCGCUGCGAAGAUAGCGCAGGCCGAGGGACGAGUCGUCCUGACGAUGGGCGAGCCAUACCAAAGCCUGAGGAAUCACGUCGGGGAGGGCAUGUGCAUGAGCGUUACCCCAGGGCCACUGCAGGAGCAGGUGGUGCAGGUGCUGAGACAGUACAACGUCACACUAACGCCCGAAGACAUCUUCAGCCGCUGUCAGGUGUGCAACGGAGGCGAGUACGUGCACAUCCCCGGUGACGUGAUGCGGAGGCUGUGGCAGCGGAAGAUGCAGCUGCUGGCUGCUGGCGAGCACGCGGCUAACGAGGAGCCCGAGUACACCGGCAAGUUCGCGCGGAAGCUGCGUCGCGCCGUUCACGUGAACACACACGACGGCGACCGUGCAGACGACGUCGGUCGGCACGGCGACGACCGCGGCGCGGCAGUGGAGGAUGGCGGCGAGGCGUCUGGCGGCAGCAUGAUGGCGCUCGACGGACACACGAUCGACUGUGACGCGGUGACCGUUAACGGAGCCGUGUCGCUGAAGGUCGCCGCUGUGCCACAGGGCAUCGUCGACAAGGUGGGACUGUUUGAUUGCUGCGUGACGUGUGGUAAGGUCUACUGGGACGGCAGCCAUUUUGGAAAGGUGUGUGCGCAAUUUGCGGACGCGCUCGAAUUGACAAAGUAGGUGCGCUGCAGCAGUGACUGUAACAAUUAAACAAAUUUAUCAAAUUAUUUCAAAUUCGUGAUGGCUGUUGGUAGUUCCUACACUGUAUUGUAAUGUGGCGCACUAUGUCGUAAAUACUGCAAGGUGCAAUAUCUUGCUUUCCUACAAUUGUGCACUUUUCUUUGCCCAUUUUUAUUAGCUGUGUUGUACCUGAUAUUGCUCGUGAUUAUGUGUCUAGUUAGGAAUUAUAUAUCUGAAUUCCAAAAGUUAAACAACACUCUUUUGAUUCUCAGCAUCAGAAUUAUGCACCCUGUCUGAUGCAUACCAGGUUUUAGUGUUCAUUAUCAAUGACAAAAACUAAAAGCCUGAAAGCCUUUGCUUGCACUGCUCUUUAUGAUGAUCAAGAAACUUUAAUAAACAUAAUAAUGUGUUUAAUAUAGCUUCUUGGUGCUGACGACGGAAGUUAUGGUAUAAAGGUUUUCGCUUUCCUUGUUUUUUUAAUAACAGCUUAUCGUUUUGUCUACAAUUAAAAUAUUAAAGGAUUGCAAUAAUUUAGCUAUGUAUGAAAUUAUUGGUUAUUUAUGCUACGAUAGUUUUUGCAUCGAAUAAUAGAUUCUUUAUCUGUGAAAUCAGGAGAUAUCACAACCUCUGUGUUGCAAAUAAGCGCAAUUCACAGGUUAUCACUGUAGGGGGCAGCACAAUGUCAAACGUCCAUGAUCUUGUUAAUUUCGAAUAUUUGUUUAUUUUGUUUAUUUUUUAAAUCUGCUUAAUCAAUUUUAUUGGAUAUGUCACCCAAUUAAACCAUGAUUUACGGGGAGUAGUGCUUAAUAUCACAUCAGUGUUUUUAUCGCUGACAAAACUACCUAAAAUCGUAGUCUAUUAUAAUUUCUGCCUAUCACCAUGUAUUUCAGUUAAAUCGGGCAUCAUUUAUACGCUACAUUAUUAUUACUAUGCAAUAUGUUUAUGUUUACAAGCGUUGGUGUUGAUAAUACUCCUGGUGUGACCUGGAUGGAAAGGUGUGGGUUGAGAUGACGUAUAAUGUUCCUGUAUUAUGUAUAUGCGGGUAAUAGUAAUUUUUGUCUUGUUCCAUUGUUUCCGGGAAGUUUUACCUGUGUUUUCUAAGAGAACCUGAAUUAUUUCAUGUUUUUUUAAUAUUCAAACUCCGAUAGUCAUAUGUGUAACGUAAAUAUAUACUGUGCAUAAUUCUGUGCGUAUACUGUGCAGUGUUCUGCUGCGUAAUAAAUAUGGGCCAGGUUCAGUGUCUGCGAUGGAGAGUUAAUGAAAUUGACCCUACCCAAACUUAUUGCUGACUACCAACUACUGACCUACUCUGCAACUCGUGAUUAUUGCAAUCAAAAGGUUUGGUGAAGGAACAGUGCAAGCAAUAAGUUUUUAUGCAGUAUGAUUAUUGUUCUUCCAAUUCCACGAAUGCAUUAUUAAAAUGCCUGUAACUCGUCCAGUUUUUCACAAAGUUCGCUUUCCUUAUAGUGGAUCCAAUAUUCCUUCCGUGUUCUCAGUACAGUCGGGAAUAAUAUUAGUUUGGUAUCAUUUUAUUUACUAUAGAAUAAUUAUGUGUUUUACCAAGUGAUUUUGUUUUAUGUAAUUUUGAAAGAGACUAAUUAUGGCGAAUAGAAUCAACUUUAAAAAUAGCAGAUAGAAGGUAACAUGCGGUUAUCUGGUUUAAUGAAGUUGGGCUUAGUAUGUGCGAGGUGAGACGAAGAUAUCAAAAUAACAUUUUACGUGUUGUCUAAGAUUGAGGAGAUCAAGCUCCAGAAUGCUACAUUCGUGUUAUUUUUAAUAAAUGAAUAUAUCUAAUA